AUGGCGAACACGAACAUCCAAUUCCAGGAGCCACGACUCGAGCCAACUCGAUCUCGUCCAGGAAACCUUGUGACCUCCACAAGUGUAGAUUUUGACGACGGCAUCAUCUUCAGCCGCAGAGUCUCGAAUGCCACGCGCAUCUCGCGUGCACGCUCUAUCAACGCGAGCGACCUCGAUGACGACAACGAAGCUGGUCUCCGCCAUCCUGGCGACUUCAAGAAGAAGCAGACCUUCAAAGGCACGCAAUUGUUCCUCCUGGCCUACCAAAGCAUUGGUGUCAUCUACGGCGACAUUGGCACAUCACCACUCUAUGUCUUCUCCGGCGUCUUCACAGCGCCACCCUCCCGUCAAGAUGUGAUUGGCGUUCUGUCUUUAAUUCUCUGGUCUCUGAUUAUGAUAGUCACAAUCAAGUAUGUCUUCAUCAUUCUGAACGCGGACAACGAAGGCGAAGGUGGAACAUUCUCGUGCUACUCGCUACUGUCAAGAUACGCCAAUAUCACGCACCGAGAUGUGCGCGAAGAGCCAUUGGUCAAGAUGGAAAGAUAUCAGACAAGUGAGCUGCGUCCUGCGAACAGGCAGAUUCGCAAGACGGUGGAACAUAGCAAGACAUUCAAGGCUUUGCUGAAGAUCAUGGGGGUCUUUGCAGUCACGAUGGUCAUGUCCGAUGGAGUGCUAACUCCAGCUCAAUCUGUGCUUGGAGCUGUUCAAGGACUGAAUGUCAUUGUGCCCUCCAUAAGCAACGGUGCUGUGGUCGGCACGACCUGUGGUAUCCUGGUCCUGCUGUUCGUGAUCCAGCCCUUUGGUACUGGUAAGCUGGGAACGGUCUUUGCUCCGAUUGUGAUCAUCUGGCUAGGUCUCUUGGCAGCGUUUGGUAUCUACAACCUGGUGAACUACGAUGCGGGAGUCUUCGUCGCCUUCAACCCAGGGGAGGCAUUCAGGUACCUGGUCCGUCAUGGUGAAGAGGGCUGGCAUUCCCUUGGUGGAGUCCUUCUGGCUUUCACCGGAGUCGAGGCGCUUUUCGCAGAUCUGGGUGCUUUCAGCAUGCACGCUAUCCAGAUCAGUUGGCUCUGCUGGUGUCUGCCGUGCCUUUUGCUCACCUACAUCGGACAAGCGGCCUACUUGGCAGUCAAGCCGGAGGCAUACGCAUAUCCAGUCUUCGACACCGCUCCUCCCGACUGUCUGAUCUUGAGCAUGGUCUUCGCUAUAUUGGCCGCUAUUGUGGCAUCGCAGGCCAUCAUUACAGCCACGUUUCAGCUUAUCGCUCAGAUUGUCAAGUUGUCCUACUUCCCGCAGAUUCAGGUUAAACACACAUCGAAGACGGUGCACAGUCAGCUGUAUGUUCCUGUGGCCAACUACCUUUUGUGCAUUGGUACCGUCAUCAUCACAGCAGUGUUUCGAAACACCAACAGUCUUGGCCAAGCGUAUGGUGUCUGCGUUAUGUUCGUCACUUUCUUCGAUACGCAGAUGACCAGUCUGGCGGCCCUUCUUGUAUGGCGCUUGUCACCCUGGCUGGUGGCUGUGCCAUAG